AUUUCAGAACAAAAAAGAUACCAGUAUACUCAUAAAGAUUACGUAUUUUAACCCUUUACAUUCUCUGAUGGCUCGUCAUAAAAGAAGCUCUACUUAACACAAGUCAAAAGAACACAUGACGUAACUUCAAAAUACUACUAGUUAUCUCACGAAAGCUUGUCUGUAUUAAUCAUUUGUCAACAAAUCAGCAACAAAAGACUACUGUUUUUCAUCCUUCCUCUUUAUUCUAUACUCAACUUAUCAAAAAGACAUUCUAAAACAGUAAGAAUAAUAAAAAAAGGAGGAAAACUGAAGAAAAAUUUUUUUUAGGCCUCCAUUAUAGUCGAGCAUUUAUUACGUUCCCAUUGUUGCGAACGUUUACUUCUUUAACAAAACAUAUAUAGAGACAUUUAUCAAGAUAUUCAAGUAGAAUUUUUUAUUUGGAUUAAAACUUUCGAAGAAAAGAGAAGUUUAUCCUCUCCUCUCACUUUAUAUUCGAUUUUUGUUAUUCCUUUGACGAAGAACUGGAAGGAAUUUAAUCAAGAAAAAGAGAAACGGAAUAUUUAAAAUAGACAAAUACAAACCAAUUGUCUUAAGGUUUUUUUCAGAAAGGUUCAAAGCUCAAAAGCCUGUAAGUAACUUGUCAAUUUAUGUUCUUAUUGUUUAUACAAUAACCAUCAGCCAAUACUAAGUAACAGUGAUAAAGAGAAUGACAAUUUUUUAGGUUAAAAAAAAUGGAACGUUUCUCGUCCUUUGAACCCUUCGUUAUUUAACGUUAACGAAAUAAAAGCGUAAAAGACUCUUAUCUAAAAAAAAAUGCCCUAAUUACAUAAUUAUUUUAGACUUUAUUACAGUUUUACGCAUAACUACUCUACAUACUUUUUUAUUACUAUUCCAGAUCUGAACGUAAUGAAAAAUGUAUCGAAAAUGGAUAAAUAUUGCUCUAUUAGGUCUAGUAAUCAUUGCAACUUCUUCGUAUUCAAAAGUCUUUGUGAAAAAAAAAGUGGAAUUAGCAAGAGGUAGCUGCUUUAGGCUGGAGUGUUUCAAGGGGCGGAAAAACGGAAGCAGCGCCUAUUUUAUAGCUAAUACAACAGGUAAAGGCCUAAAGAAACGUCAUCUACUGAUUGGUGGACGCCUUUGGGAAAUGCACAAUAAAAAGGAUAUAACUGUUGAAGAAAUUCACAAUAUGUUUAUUUUCAACUUUUGUAAUUUAACAGCUAAUGAUUCCGGAGAAUACGUUUGCAAAUUAUUCGACUACGAUCAUGAUCGUAUAAGAAAAGUUGUGAAUAAAACGAAAAUUGAAUUACGUGUAGUUAACAUAAAUCGAAAAUAUACUGGUAAGAAAAAGAAGAAAAAUCUUUACAUUGAAGGAUGUAGAUUUGACUUUACAUCGGAUUUGCCUGAUGUUGCCAAGUACGGCACGGUUGAAAAAGAUAAAAGCAACUCGAGAAAUUUGAAUUACAGAAAGGCGUUAGAUUGUCAAAAUAAUUUGAAUGUUAAAGUUAAUAGGAAAAAUGAAGAAGUGGAAGAGAGUAUUAAACUAUGGUCUUCAACACAGAAUCUUUAA